AUCAGCAAUUUAUGUUGAAAAAAUGCCCUGCCCUGCUUCAAGAAAUGGUUAAUGUAAUCUGCCAACUAAUAAUAAUGGCCCGGAGCCGUGAAGAAAGGGAGUUUCGUGCUCCAACUUUGGCAUCCUUAGAAAACUGCAUGAAGCUUUCCCAGAUGGCUGUUCAAGGCCUUCAGCAGUUCAAGUCUCCCCUUUUGCAGCUCCCUCACAUUGAAGAGGACAAUCUUAGAAGGGUUUCUAAUCAUAAAAAGUACAAAAUUAAAACUAUCCAGGAUUUGGUGAGUUUAAAAGAAUCAGAUCGACAUAGUCUAUUGCACUUCCUUGAAGAUGAAAAAUAUGAAGAGGUUAUGGCUGUCCUUGGAAGUUUUCCAUAUGUAACGAUGGAUAUAAAAUCACAGG